UUGAAGCUAUACGGUCGGUAGCUGGUAUAGUGAUUGUACAAGCACACUUCUGCACACAAUAGAAUUUGAGUUCUAGUAGAAAUAUUGACUUGAUUUAUUUUUGAACAUUUGAUCAAGGAUCGUAGACUGCGGGUAUCAAGAUGCUUCGAAUUAGUCUUGUUAGCUUUGUGUUGAUGCCUCUUCUGUGCCAAGCAGCUGCAUCUGCACUGAAGAAACAAUGGAUUGUCGAUAAGGGAGAUCACGUGCUAAUUUGUUACCAACAAAGUCUAGAGCUGGGCAUCGUGUUGGAUGCCUCAGUGUCCAUCAUGAACUCAGAGUUUGCGGCCGCCAAAAGUUUUCUACAAGACUUUGUCAAAGAGUUCGACGUGGACGGCGGCUUUGUACGGGUGUCUCUGAUCGUGUACGGUGAAGGGCUCUACACACAGGACGGGUUUAACCUUGGGACAUACACACAACUGAAUGACCUAGUGGCGGCCAUUGGGGGAAUCAAGCACCGCCAAGGUAGGAAAACGGAAACAGGGAAGGGCAUCAAAUACAUGUACCAGAGUCAACUAGCCAGUCACCUGACCAGACCCAACGUGCCCAAGGUCGGCGUAGUCUUGACGGACGGAGACUCCCAGGAUAAAGAUUUUACCAAGAAAGAAGCCGAGAACGCCAGAAACCAGAACAUCACUAUGUACGCCAUCGGUGUGGGCCCGAAAGUCCACGAAACUGAGCUGACCAACAUCGCAGGGGACAAGUCACGUGUCUCCCGUGUAGACAAAUAUGAGGAGUUGAGGCGGAUCAAACAAGAGCUAGCUAAUCAGAUUUGUCAGAAGGUUAAGAAAACUGCAACCGAAAAUAUGCAAAACGAAGGAGGUAAAGCUCAAUUAUUCCGUAGAAUUAUAUGUGUAAAAUCUUCAGUUUUUUAA